AUACUUUGAAAGGGAGGUGACAACUUAAGCAACACAGGAAGAGACGUGGAGGCACAAAAAAGUGCAAAUCGAAGGUUGUGUGCUUUUGAGCAGGAAUGCCACAGUCCAAGAGCGAGAGCGACAGGACGAGGUGCGUGAGGGAUGUAGAAGGACGUCGUGUUCUGAAAGAGGAGCAGGAAGAUAAGGUUGAUGAUCUAAAUAUCCAUGCUUCAGUCCAGUCUGAAGAAAACCCUUCCUCUCAGAGUGCUGAUAAAGCAGCGCAUACACAUAUUCUUCAGUUAGCAUUUCAGAGUCCUCAGCUGACCCAGAAUAGACCAUCUGUGCUCCGUUCCACCUCUCUACUACAUCUGGGACACACCGAUUUUUCUCGUUUAUCACCAAACGAGUGUGACCCAGCAGUCAACAGUAGAGAAAAGGCCACAGGAUAUAGCUCUAGUCAAGCUUUAGCUUUCAUAAAUCAGCGCAAAACACCCAGCAUUCAGCUGAACAGCCUUGUCCAAUCAGAAGUGGUAAGCUGUCUUUUUGUCAAUGGACGGUGCCGUUGGCCUGGCUGUGAUGAAGCUUUUGAGGAGUACCCUGUUUUCCUAAAACACCUGAACCAUGUACACAACUGUGGAGAAAAAACUAUUGCGCAAUGGAGGGUACAGCAGGACAGGGUGCGGCAUAUGGAGAAUCAGCUCAUUCAGGAGAGACAGAGACUUCAUGCCAUGCAGCUCCAUCUAAGGCUGUCUGAACACAACUCAGCACACCCAAGAGCAGGCCUAGGCUGGUGGAGUCCACUGGCAGCGAUCAUGCCCCCACCCGAGGAGCCAGAUGGAGGGGCAGAGUGGGCCAGUGAUGCAGCAGGACGCCAGGAAUACUGGCCCACGCCUGCCCCUCACCUGCUGUCAGAUUUCAUCAACAGUAUGGAAUGCUACAAAUAUGUCAAUAUUAGGCCUCCAUAUACCUAUGCCUUUCUUAUCAGAUGGUCAAUAUUGGAGGCACCAGACAAGCGAAGAGCACUGAAUGAAAUCUACAACUGGUUCAUUCGAAUGUUCUUUUACUUCCGUCACAACACUCCCACUUGGAAGAACGCAGUGCGCCACAACCUCAGCCUCCAUAAGUGUUUCGUGCGGGUGGAUGGAGGGAAAGGGGCUGUAUGGACCGUGGAUGAAAGGGAGUUUCAAAAGAAAAAGGGCCAAAAGUUCAACAGGGACUCUGGUUUGAAAUGGCUGACACCUUAUCCCCAUUCUCCCCAAGUGUCUUAGGUUUCCCCAACUGAGACUCUCUUGCUGUCAAUAAUGGUGAAAAAUGUUUUAUUUUAUUUUUUUUCAUUUGACUUGUUUCAGUGGAAAAUGCAGUGGAAAAUACUUCAUGCAGAAUGUUAUAAUAAUGCUAAACGAAAUAAAUUAGCGUGAUUUGCGUGAUUAAAGUAGACCUCUACAAAAAAUUAUCUAUUUUUCAAACUUAUAUGAUAUUUUUAGUGUUUUGUUAACAUUUAAAUAUAAGCCAUGUGAUCCUUUUUACUAUGCUAUUUUUAUACUCAAACGUACAAUAAUCCAAAGUGGUGUCUCAUAAUUUGUCCUACUGCAGUAAUCCAAAUAUGGGUGAGUCUUUAAAGAAGCUACAUUGUAUUAAUAUCACUUAUGUGUAUUGUGUCUAUUAUACAUAAAUGUUCCAGAAUACUAACAUUCAGCA